AUGGCCGAAUCCAAGAUAGAGACCAUCAAGACGUACAAAGACCGAAAGUCCAUAAGCGGCUCUCGAGAAUCUACCUCUUCUGCGCCCGCCAGCCCUCCCUCCCCAACGUCCUCACUGUCUUCUGUCGAGGAUGAGGUGAUCCUCAUUCCUCCAUCCGCACAUCCGCCACCAACGCGCCAGUUGCCCUCACCUUCCAUCACUCCGCUCCGCACCGCCUCCAAACGUAGCGCGGCUCAGGCUGCUCAACAGAAUAUCCAGCAAUUGCACCAGUCGUACGCCGACUUUGACGGAUUCGAUACCACCAACAUCGCUUCAUCUUCCAAAAAGAAACGCCUCUCCACAGGCGUCCUCACCAAAGUGGAGCAGAACAGCUCAUCAGAACCUUCGGUCCCGUCUUCUGCCCCUUCAACCACCACGUAUCCCGGCAAGGCUGCAAGAAAGAAAGUCGCACAGUCGACAUUCUCGGCCGCAAGGUCUCCCGCCGCCAUACACGGUCGGCGCUUCCAAGACGACCAGGGCGUCGUGUGGGAGCUCCAGGUUGGUACCUGUCAAGCAGCCCAAAACAAGCAAUGGCGAAAGUGCGUCCAUUGCAUUACAAAGCGCGCCGGCGACACUUGCCGCUUUGUCGACUUUCGCGCUUUCCGAGUCGAUCCACACACCGACCAAAUCACGCCCCCAGACCAAAACCGCACUUCGCUACCAGCCUUCCUCUUCUCACCCGACUCGGACGAGGUGAUGGAUCUGCCUACAGCUCGCCUCAUCUCCACCUCGCACCUUUCUCAAGUGCAAGGCGACGUCGCUAGGGCGCUUCUGCCCGUCCUUGAGGCAGAGCUCGAGCACGCACGCCUCCCAAACGUUCUUCGAAGGCCGCGCGAGAAAACCUGCCGUCAGAUGUGCGAGUUCUGCGCUACCAGCAUAUUUUCCGCCAGCUGGUUCUGCCGUCGCUGCGGCAGGGAAUACUGCGCCGACUGCAAACAUAGCAUCGAACAUUCCGACUCGCUGGAUCGUCAGCUCGCCAAGAGAAUCUUGCGGUGCGACCAGACGCUGCCGCAUGCCACUGCCGACCUCGUCCCGCUCACGCGCUUCGACGAGGCGCUCCUCCACCAGGAAGUCUCGGCCAUGCGCAACAUGCUCACCGACGUCAAGACGGGCGGCGUCCGAACUUCCGCUCCAGCACACCCCGCCCCUGCCGCCGCAGCGUCGACCUCCAACGAAGCCGAGCAAUCCAUGCCCGGGACGGAGGACGAACAACACACGGCAGUCAAUUGGAAGGAUGUGCCAACGAACCAGGCAGGUAUCACCGCCGACCGCAUCGUCGGACGUCUGGACCUACGCACCUUCGACAGCGCUUCGUUCAGUACCGACGACUUCCGACGCGAGUGGGCGCACGGCGAGCCCUUGCUGGUGCGCCAUGUCACUGAGCCAAUGCAUCAUCCGUGGGGGCCCGAUGCGCUGCAGUCGCGCUACGGUCACGAACACUGCUUCAUCGUGCGCUCGGACGUCGAGAAUGCCGAGCUCAAGCAGGUGUCCGUCGGCGACUUCUUUGCCACUUUUGGUCAGGACGAUACAACAAAGCGAGCGGCGCUCGGACGCGGCCAUUGGAAGCUCAAGGACUGGCCACCCUCCGCCGAGUUCAAGGCCGAAUUCCCCGAGCUCUACGACGACUUCAACGGGGUCGUGCCCGCACCCGACUAUACCACUCGCGAGGGAGUGCUGAACCUAGGCAGCUGCUACCCCACCGGUGUCAUCCAGCCGGAUCUCGGGCCCAAGAUGUACAACGCCUGGCCCGGCAGCGAGGCGCCCGGCGGAAUCGGUACCACAAGACUGCACAUGGACAUUGCGGAUGCGGUCAACAUUAUGCUGCACGCUUCGCCGCCCACCGGCGAGGACGUCCCGGACGAGCAUCGACCAGGCGUGGCAGCCUGGGAUAUCUUCCGCGCAGACGACGCCGACAAGCUGCGUGCGUUUUUGCGCAAGGAGUACUCGCACAUCGAAUUUCGGGACGACCCGAUCCACAUCCAGCGCUUCUUCAUCGAUGCGCAGCAGCGCGUCAAGCUCUACCAAGAGUACGGCGUGAGGAGUUGGAGGAUCUACCAGAAGGCAGGCGAGGCGGUGUUCAUCCCUGCCGGAUGCGCGCAUCAGGUGUGCAAUCUGGCCGACUGCAUCAAGGUUGCCGUCGACUUUGUCAGUCCGCAGAACGUGGAUCGGUGCUUCAAGCUCACCGCCGAGUUCAGGGAGCUCGUGCAGGAUUACAAGAAGGCAUGGAAGGAAGACGUACUCUCGCUCAGGACGACGCUGUGGUACGCCUGGUGCACCUACAGGCAGAUGGACGGCCAAGGGCCCAACGUGUGGGCCAAACAGAAGCGAGAGGUCAAGGACGAGGGCGAGGCGCAGAUGCAGAAGAUCACUCGCAGGGUGCUGCAGGCUCAUUUCAGCACUUCUUGCGUCAAGAUGGUUCAGAUCGAGCGUAUUUCCCCCGGUAACGGUACCGACUUCCCCAAGCAGGGCGAUACUGUCACCAUGCACUACACCGGUACGCUUGCUGCUAACGGCAAGGAGUUUGACAGCUCGCGCAAGCCCGGUCGUGGCCCCUUCCAGACUGCUAUUGGUAUCGGCCGUGUCAUUCAGGGCUGGGACCAGGGUGUGCCCCAGCUCAGCCUUGGUGAGAGGGCCAAGCUCAUCAUCCCUGCCAAGGAGGGUUACGGCUCCGCCGGCGCUGCUGGUGUUAUCCCCCCCAACGCUGACCUCAUCUUCGACGUCGAACUGCUCGCCAUCAACGGAAAGAAGGGUAUGUAG